AUGGGUGGGAUCAACAAAGACGCCAAGUUAUUACCCAACAGCACACUGGGAGCCAAAAUCUAUGACAAUUUUUUCAAUGCAAUAUGGACUUACUGGACCACUCUGGAUCUGCUAUUCAGAGGACUGAGGAAUCCUUCUACUUACAAAUGUAACAGGAAAGAGGAACCCAUGGCUGCCCUUGGUGGGCUCAACUCCCAAACAUCCAUCCAGAUGGCCAAUAUCUUAAAUAUCUUCAAGAUUCCACAGCUCAGCUAUGGCUCCUUUGAUCCAGUGUUGAGUGAUAAAAAUCAGUUCCCUUCUUUCUACCGGAUGGUCCCAAAUGAAGAUCCUCAGUAUGUCGGGAUUGUUGGGCUGCUCAAGCAUUUUGGAUGGAAUUGGAUUGGCCUCAUUGUUUCAGAGGAUGACAGCGGAGAAACUUUCCUUCGGACCCUGAGGCCACGGCUUCUGCAGAACACUAUCUGCAUUGCUUGGACUCAAGUGAUCCCAACAGUGACACAAUAUUUACCAAAUAAGAUAAUCCAAGGAAAAUUGCUCCCAAUUAGUAAUACCCUCUUAUUGAGUGACAUCAAUGUGAUCCUUGUGUAUGGGGAUGGUCAGUCCGUGGAGGGUUUACGAAUGGUUUUGUACUCAGCUGAGUUCUUUAAUAUGCGCCCAUUGGAAAGACUUCACUCUUUUCUCAGGAACAUCAGAUUUAACAAUAAUGCAAAGGAAGAAAUAUCCUUCAAUGAGAAAUGGGAGCUUGCAAGUGGAUUUGAUAUCAUCAACCUGGUCACAUUUCCCAACCAAUCCUUCCAGAGAGUCCGAGUUGGAAAGAUGGACCCUCAAGCUCCUGCAGGCAAAGAGUUCAAAAUCAAUGCAAGUGCUGUUACAUGGAACCCCAAGUUUAAGCAGGUGGGUGUGAGAAUUAUGUCAAAUGCAGACCAAUGUGAGAAGUGCCCAGAAGAUCAGUAUCCAAACAAGAACCAGGAUCAGUGUAUUCCUAAAGUCAUAAGUUACUUAGCCUAUGAGGAGCCUUUGGGGGCAAUUCUUGUUUCCUCGGCUCUUUUCCUUUCUGUAAUCACAGUUGUGGUGUCGUGGAGCUUCAUUCAACAUCAAAAUACUCCCAUCGUCAAAGCCAACAACUGGAGCAUCACGUGUGCCCUGCUCUGUUCUCUGCUGCUCUGCUUCCUCUGCUCCUUCUUGUUCAUUGGGAGGCCUGGGAUGGUCACUUGCCUUCUGAGGCAAACUGUGUUUGGCAUCGUCUUCUCCAUUGCAGUUUCUUGUGUGUUGGCCAAAACCAUCACUGUGGUUUUGGCCUUCAUGGCCACAAAGCCCAGGAACAGAAUGAGAAAGUGGCUUGGGAAGAGGCUGGCAGUAUCAGUCAUCAUUCUCCCUUCUCUUCUCCAAGCUGGCAUCUGUGCAGUGUGGUUUGUAAUCUCUCCCCCCUUCCCAGAGUUUGACAUGCAGUCCCAGAUUGGGCAGAUCAUAGUGCAAUGCAAUGAAGGCUCAGACAUCAUGUUCUACCUUGUCCUGGGCUACAUCAGUUUUCUGGCUAUCGUCAGCUUCACGGUGGCUUUCUUUGCCAGAAAGUUGCCCGAUACUUUCAAUGAAGCCAAGCUGAUCACCUUCAGCAUGUUGGUGUUCUGCAGUGUUUGGGUGUCCUUUGUGCCCACCUACCUAAGCACCAAGGGGAAAUACAUGGUGGCCGUGGAGAUCUUCUCUAUCUUGGCCUCUGGAGCUGGCUUAUUAGGUUGUAUCUUUCUUCCCAAAUGCUACAUUAUUAUAUUUCAACCUGAGUUAAACACUAGACAGCAGUUGGUGAGGAAAAAGAAUGAACAGCUUUGA